UGAUGGCAGUGCACAUGGAGGCCAGCUGCUUACGUCAAUGGUCGCGGCACUAGCCUACCCUUGAGCUCGCCGGGGCGGCGAAUGGAGCGGCCAGGAUGGCUGCGGCUGGAGAACGGGUCGCCAAGGUUCCGCGGAUCCGUAAAAUCAACAGCACACAUUCACGCUUCCUCGCCGAAGCUGCCCAGCGUAAGGCGCUCAUGGUCACCUUCUUCGCCAACGGGGAUCCCUUUUCUUCGGGCGUCAGGGUGUCCAUCAAUCCCGGCCGAGACUUCAAGACGAUGGAGUCCCUGUACGACUACAUUUCGCAGCGGCUCGACGUCAGCAACGGCGUGCGCGUCAUCUUCACCCUGGACGGCAAGAAGGUCCCUUCGCUGGACGACCUGGAAGACGGUGCCUCGUACGUGGCCUCGGGAACGCGAGCGUUCGCCCCGCUCGCCUACGGCCAGGCGCGCAGCCGCAUCCUGCAGCGCUCGGACGAGGAUCCGAGCAGGCUGAUACACCCGGUGGGCCACAAGAAGCCCACCGCCAAGGGUGGCUCGGUCAGCCUGCCUGGCUCAGGUGGCAGGGACGAUGGCCGCGUCAUCGAUGUUGUCAGCAGCCUAGACCCAGAACACAGGAGUCGAGUCCUGCUGAACCUCAAGACUACGCAGACUUUCGAGGAGGUCCUCAGGGAUCUAGGAGGUGCACUGAACAUGAAUGGCGUCAAGAAAAUGACUACAAGGAAAGGGGAGGUGCGAUCCGAGAGUUAUGCCCGGAACUAUAUUGCGCUGCGCAAGGACUGCGUACACCAGCCGACGGUGUACACAGAAGUAGCGAGUGUGCACUCCAAGUAA